AUGUACAAACAAAAGUCGCUAGAACUGAGAGACAUCAAUUAUGUGUAUGAGAACUCAUGGGUCUGGGUUAACAUCAAUUCGAUAAAAAAAAAAAAUGGAAAUUUAUAUAAAGAAAUAUUCGAAUAUUACAAAAAUAAGAAUAGAAUAUUUUGCUUCUUCAAAGGAAAGGUAAAACGAUUCGUGUCUAGCAGGGACGUAGAAAUAUGCAUCAGCAUAGACGACAAUUAUACCAACUUCAAAAGUAACAUAAAUUAUAACAUCACAGAAAAUGUAAAAUAUUUAUUACCCAUUGAUAGCAAUUUUGGGUGUAGUGAUAAUACAGAGUUAAUAUAUUUGAAUGCGCCGAAUUUGUUGGAAAAUAUUCGACAGAGAUAUAGUAAGGCAUACUUAAAUGAAGGAAGCAGAGAAUGUAUUUAUACUUACAUUGGGUACAUCCUCUUGUCAGUGAAUCCUUAUGAGAAUUUUAAAAUUUACGAUGAGAGUUACAUGAGGAAGAUUAAGAAUGAGAAUAAUAUGUUUGCUGUUCCUCACCCUUUUUCCAUUGCUAAUGAUGCGUACAAUUGUAUGGUUAAGGAUAAGGUGAGCCAGUCUAUCAUCAUAAGCGGUGAAAGCGGGGCUGGCAAGACGGAGUCGUCCAAGCAGGUGCUGAGGUACCUUACCUACUUAAGCGCUUGCCACACAAGGGAUAAUGUGGCAGGAGUUGUAGACACAUUGGAAAAAUGUGACUACUCACGGAAGGGAGCCCCUCCGGGCAGCAGCAACCAACCCAUGGGAAACGGCGACACUGGGGGUCGUCGCGCCAAACCGCCUGCCAAAGAAGGAAAAGACAAGUUCAACCCAAAUAUUAGGGAUGCCCCCAAGCGGGAGGAAAUAAACGGAAGGGGCUCCAAAAAUGAUUCCGAAAAAGGGGAAAAAGCCGUUCCGUCAAGGGAGGCAUGCUUCGUCACUGUUUCUACCGCCGCAUCCACUUACACCGCUACUACCCCCUCCUCCUAUGAAGACAAAAUCCAGAACAGCAACCCCCUGUUGGAAUCGUUCGGAAAUGCAAAGACGAUCAAAAAUGACAACAGCAGUAGGUUCGGAAAAUUGAUGAAGUUAAAUUACGACGAGAAUGGUGUGUUACGCUCUGCGUCGAUUGAAACGUAUCUGCUUGCAAAAUCCAGGGUGGUGGAUGUUCCCCCCAGGGAAGGGAAUUACCACAUUUUUUAUUCCUUGUGUGAGAACUCGAAAAUAAGUGAAGAGUUCGAUCUACUACCAUGGUACAAGUACAACUAUUUGAAGGCCCAAAAUGGUGUGAACAAAUCAGGCGAUAGUUCCCCCAAUGGGAGGGAGGAUUAUGAGGAAGACGAAGAAGUGGACGAUGGGGAGGACACUAACACAGAUGGAAAGCGGAAGAACAAAAGCAGAAGCAGGACUAGGAGUAAGCGGAAAAAAGUGGACAAGUCGGACGAAACGGAUAGGGAGGAAGUAACCUUGGAUGAAGGUAAAAGGAAGAGAAGUAAACUUAAGGGGAAAGAAGGAAACGACUCACAUCCAUGUGAUGACAGCGGGAAGGCGAACAAAUGUUUAUACAAUUUGGACGCCAUUAUAGAGUGUUUUCACAGCAUAGGGGUGUAUGAAGAGGAACAAAAGGAAAUUUACAAAACGCUUAUCUGCAUUUUGCUGCUUGGAAAUGUGGACUUUGUUACGAACGAGGAGGAAGGAGGGAUGCUCAAAAUUAAGAGUGGAGAGGUGUGUGAAAAAUUGGGUGACCUUCUUGAAAUUAGCAGUGACCAUUCGGGGAACAACGGAUAUAGUAACGGUGGAAACGGUGGGGCGAAUAAGAUCGUCGAAAUUUUGACCAUAAAGAAGGUGCGGGAUACGCAGAAGAACUACACCUACCAGCAAGCAAUCUACAACAGGGAUGUCAUAUCGAAGGCCCUGUACCAGCUCCUGUUCGAGUAUGUGAUCAUGCGGGUUAACGACUCAUUGAAUGUGCGCGAGGGGCAAAUAAACCACGAAGACGGUGACGGCACGCAUAUGGAGGGAACGCCCACCGAUCGGGAAGACGCUGGGGGGUACUACGCGGAAUGCACAACGGUACAGGAACACGUGAAGCCUAACAAAAGAAAAAGGAGCAGCAAUAGCACAACGCACCCCGAUUGUGCUGCACGGAGAACGGGAAACAAGACCUACUUCAUAGGCAUUUUAGACAUCUACGGAUUUGAGAAUUUCGCCAAGGAAGGCAUGAACUGCUUUGAACAGCUCUGCAUCAAUUACGCAAACGAAGUUUUACACGCAUUUUUUUUAAAGCAAAUAAUACACAAUGAGCAUAAAAUACACUAUGAAGAAAAUUUGUUUCUCGAGAAAAUACCUUACCAUGAUAACAGCGAUGUGAUCUCCCUGAUAGGUGACACUAGGGAUGUAAGCAUCUACACCAUUUUGGAAGAUUUGUCUUUGCUAUUCUCAUCGAAGAAGUCCAACGAAGAGAGUAAUAAAAAUUUGUUCUUUGAAAAGUUAAGUAAAAAUGUGAUGAAUUCAGCCAAGUAUAAAAAUAUCGUGCGAAAUUACAAAGCCUCGAGGAACUGCUUCAUCAUUUCGCACUACGCGGGAGAGGUCCUUUACGACUCUCAUGACUUUUUUAACAAAAAUGUAGACAUCCUCACGAAUGAUAUAGAGGAGUUUUUAUCAAGCUGCAAUUCUUUUAUUAGGACGAAUUUGCUUAAAAGGAGGAGAUUCAUUCCUGGUAAGAGUAACACACAGGGGAAUCAUCCCAAUAGCAGUGGCAGAAUGGUGGAGCUGAAAAUUCAGGAAGAGCCAAAAUUAGGGAGGAGAAAAUUAUCCGUGAAGGAAAUGAUAUCCCACCAUGAGAUUGAGUCAAGGGCAGUUCUUCCUGUAAAUGUGCAGGGGGAUGAUCCGUAUAUGAGUGAUGAGGAUGAGGAUGGGGGCGAAGUAGAGGGGAACCAUCGACACAGCGUUCGCAAUGGAGUGAACAACAACGUUCUCACAUAUCAAGCAGGACGAAAGAAUAAAGUGAAGAGCAUAUUUUCCUCAUUCAAGAAGCAGCUAGAAAUUCUAACCAACAAAUUGGACAAAACGGCUUCUAAAUUUAUCAGGUGUAUAAAACCAAAUGAGCAAAAGAAGGCCAAAUUUUUUAACAAAAAUUUGGUGCUGAAUCAGCUAGUAAUGAGCGGAAUGGUGGACGUCCUCAGUUUGAUGAAAAAUGGAUACCCUUGUAGAGUGCUCUACGAUGAUAUAUGGAUUACCUAUAGUCACAUAUUGCAGGACGAAAUGAAGUCCUUCCUUACCCCCAAAAUGUUCUGCGAAAUUGUACUCAAAUUUUUAGACAUCCACUCUAACGAAUACACAUUUGGAAGAACGAAAGUUUUUUUCCGCUUUGGUGUUUUAUCUACCAUAAAUGAAAUAUUGAAUAAAAAUUUGGAGAAAAAAAAUAAAUUUAUCGACUGUGUGUAUAAUUUCUGGCUACAUAAAAGGAAGCGAAAAAUUCUAAAGUUUGUCCUCUGCGGAUGCAGGCUUAAAAUGCUAAUAAAAAGGAUGAGAGCUAAACGUUUAAUGGAGCACGGACUCUAUUAUUAUAAUAAUUUCUUAACACAGAAGAAGAGGCAAUGUCUUCGGAAAAUCCUGUUUUACUACUUUUAUGUGUAUAAACAGAGAACCUACUUCCUACAAUUGAAGAGAAGCUCCCUCGUCAUUCAGAGGCACAUUCGGGGAUUCAUGGCGCGCAAAAAAUAUUUACACAUAAGAAGACAAAUUCUUUUUAUCCAGGAUUAUUUUAUAUUUCAAACGUACUUUAAGCAGAGAGUUACAGCCUCCAACAUUAUUAGGAAAAAUUGGCUCACUUAUAUCACCAAAUCGGACUACCUCUAUGUCCGAAUGGGCAUUAUAAAAAUCCAGAGGGCCUUUCGAAGGUACAUGAAGGGAAAAUAUAUAAACUACUGCUUGAAGGUAGUCAAUGUUAAGAAGCAGCCCAAACGAACCUACAGUGCGUUCGUGAAGAGUGAGGUCGGCCAGGGGAAGAAACUCCAGUUGGGGGCACAGCGGACGGUUCAGAGGGAAUUCGCAAAAGGGGUGAAGCAGGAAAGAGGUCCUGAUCGACAACGGGGGAAACGCCUCUUCCAGGAGGAGGAACGCAUAGGAUCCUUCAUCUGCGUGGAGAGGACCAACCGUAGGCACUCCUUCGCGAUGGGCCAAAAGUUGGACGCCCCCUCGAGCAGCAGAAGCAUCCUCAAAAGAAGAAAAACCUGGAGCGCUCGGGAGAGCACAUCAAAGUAUUACUACAACCGAAAGAGCUGCAGACACGCCCAACCAAAUUAUAUGGACAGAGCUAUUUCGAACCAUAGCAGGAACCAUAUCAGCACAGGGAGUAACACACAGGAGAAACCAUUUGUCCGUGUUGCAUAUGUAGGGAUUAACGAAAAGGGGCAAAUAAACGGAAGUCGUAGCCAUAUUUUUGGUAAUGCUAGUCAGGGUAAGGAUAGAGCAAAAAACAAGUUUAGGUUCAGCAACCUGAGCAUAUGCGAUGAUAACAUACAUGCGAAGGGUAGCAGCGGAAGUGGUGGUAAAAGUGGCUCGUUCAGCGUGGGCAAAAGCCGCAUGAAAAGAAAAACGUACAAUCAUGCAAAUCUGAAAAAGGACUUCUCCUCGAGCUACAAGAGGGAGAAAAAUAAAGUGUCAAAUUUUUUGAAAAACACCAUUUAUGACAGAUACAUCAGCAAAAGGAUAAAAAGAAAAAAAUCGAUUUACAUAAAAAAUAACUACAGCAACAUCAGCAACAUAUACAGCGUUUACAGGCCUUCACGGGAGGAGAAGCUAGAUGAACAGUAUGACUUCGAUCGCACGGACGCGCUCAUCAUUCCGGAGGACUUUUACGUGAGCGAGUCGAACAUUCCCGAUCCAGACAUAAUGCAGGAAAAUGAUGAAAAUUACCUAUUGUUUUGUGCUUACCUGGACAACAAUUUGGAUUCGAAGAUCCCCCUAAUAGAGCUAAGUGCUUUCAAGUGCUCGUGA